UUUUAAAGAAUUUAACAUAUUUUAUUAUGUCAUUAGGUCAAAAUAAAUUAAUUAAUAAUUCACUUAAUAGGUCAAUUGCAUUAAUGGAUUACAAUGUUCAUAAUGAUAUACACAAACAACAUGAAUUUAGAAAACAAACAAUUCUUGCUGAUGAAUCACUUACAGAAAAUGAAAAAUCUGAAGCAAUAAGAAUAAUAACUAAAACUUAUGAUAAAAAUAAACUUACUUUUAAUGAAGGAACAAAAAGAAUUUGUGAAAAUUGUAACCAAGAAUGUUUAGCUACAACAUACUGCGAACUUUGUGUUCGAAAUUAUUUAAAAGCAAAUUUUUCAAAUUGGACAUCUGGAAAUGAUGUUAUCGAUAAUUUAAUACAAGAAUGCCAAAUAAAAACACUUGCACCACGUCUAAUACCAGAAUGGAUUCCAUAUAAUAAUUUUAAAAAUAUUAAAUACCUAGCAAAAGGAGGAUUUUCAGAAAUUUAUACAACAAUAUGGGUUAAUGGAAAUUUUAUUGAAUGGGAUUCUAAAAAACAACAAUUAAAAAGAUUUGGAAAUUCUUAUGUAGUACUUAAAAAAUUAGAAAAUAUUGAAAAUGCAAGUCAAAGUUGGUUUGAAGAGGCAAAAUCACAUUUAAAUAUAAGCAAUAAAUGGAAUAAUAUUGUCCAAUGUUAUGGUUUAACACAAGAUCCAUCAAAUGGAAAUUAUAUGCUUGUAAUGAAUAAACUGGAUACAGAUUUAAGAAAAUAUUUACAACAAAAUCAUAAUCAACUUACAUGGAAAGAAAGAAUUCAAAUUAUUACUGAUAUAACUUUUGCACUUAAAAGAAUUCAUGAAGAAAAUGCAAUUCAUAGAGAUUUGCAUUCUGGAAAUAUAUUAGUUAGUGCUAAAUUUUUUAUUAGUGAUCUUGGAUUUUGUGGACCUGCAGAUAAACCAUUGAAAAGUAUAUAUGGAAAUCUUCCUUAUAUAGCACCUGAGGUUAUUAUUGGAAAAGAACAGACUUUUAAAUCUGAUAUUUAUAGUAUUUCAAUGCUUAUGUGGGAAAUUUCAUCUGGACAACCACCAUUUAAUAACCAUGAACAUGAUUACGAUCUAGCAAUGAAUAUUGUUAAUGGUAUAAGACCAAAAAUUGUACCAGGAACUCCUUUAGAAUAUAAAAAUUUAAUGAAACAAUGUUGGGAUGCUGAUCCAUUAAAAAGGCCUAAUAUUUUUACACUUCGGAAAAAAACGAGAGAAAUUAAUUUAUUUUAUCAAACUAAAUCAAGUGAAUUAUCUCAGCUAAAAGAAAAUAAUAUAGACAACUAUACCAGCAGUAGUAGCAAUCUAUUUACAAGUAAACUUCAUCAAUUUGACAAUCUUCCUGAACCAAGAAAUGCAACAGAAGAAGAACAAGAAGCAUUUCAUAGUAAUAAAUCAUAUAAUUUUCAGAUUCCUGAUAAUAUUGAUGAUUUUAAUAAAUCAAGUAGUAAGAAGAAUACUACUAGUACUUCAAAAAUAAAUAGCAUGUUUAAAGCUAGCAGCAAAAAAUCAUCCAAUAUAUUUAAAAGAAGCUCAAAAAAUGAUGUUUAUAAGAUUGAAUCAAUGCGGAAGCGAAUUAAGAAACUUCAUAUUAAUGAUAAUGACGAAGAAGAAGUUCAUAACAAUCCUAACCUUCAUUCAGAAGAACAAGAUGAAUUGGAACUUCCUGAUAAUAUUUAGAUACGGAUAAAUUAUAUAAAUAAAUUAGAUAACAUUAUUAUACCUGAUUUUUUUUCUUAUCAUAAAUUAUUUAAACACUUGACUUGAUGAGAUUUUCUUCAAGAUUUCUUAGUUUGUAAUUUGAAUAAUUUAUUAUUUUA